UCGCUCGAAGUUUAGGGUCCGCCUCGUACACCCUCAUUCUGCAUCGCAAAGUCGCUCAAGCUCGUCGAUCGCGACCAGUGAAAGUGCGGGGGAGACGCGGCGCAGAUACAAGAUCGUUUGCAACACGUUCGCGUGGCUGUACUGCUGUGAUUUGUGGACUGGAUCUGGAAAAGAUGGUGUUUUUAACCAAGAUAUUCGAUAUUUCUCCGUCGAUAUGAACAUCAAAACAAUAUACAUAGGAUACUUCUGAAUAGCCAUUACAGCAUGAACUCAUGAUUCUCGUUCUUUAUUUCCUGUAACCAAUUUUUUUUGCUUUCCCAAUUUUUCAUAAAAUUGGAAGUCAAAAGGAAGAGGAGUUGGUCAUCGUCAGUGGCUUCAUCCAUCGGAUACAGCCUACGCAUACGCGCUACUACGGGAAUUUUUGGAGUCCUGUCCUGAGAAGAUUGAUAAAAAGUCUUUCAAGAAUGUUUUCUAUCGAAAGUCCAUCGAAUUGCUGUCUACUAAUCUGUAUUCUUUUGUCAUCUGGUUUGCAUCUGGAAUAUGCUUCUGCCACCCAGAGUUUAACCCAACAACCUGCGGAAACAGCUGUGAACUCUGGUGUCAGCUCCGUCAUCCUCCACUGCACAGUAGCCAGCAAAACCGGCCAACUCUUCUGGAUCAAAGACGGCGAGCACAUCGGGUCGGACCAAGACGUCACCAUUCCCGGCCGCUCUCGGUAUUCCAUCGUAGGAGAUGCCUCAGCCGGAGAGUACAACCUGAAGAUCGUAGAUGUUACCCUGGCAGACGAUGGUCUUUACCAGUGCCAGGUGACACCAAGUGCUACGGAUGGGGGACUCAAAUCGAAUACGGCCAAACUAACCGUCCAGAGACCACCGGGUUCCGUGUCUCUUGAUGGCAGUCCAACGAUGUCUGUCGAGGUCUCGGAUCAAGUCAACCUCACCUGCAAUGCCAACGCUGCCAACCCCGCUGCCACCAUAGAAUGGUUCCGUGAUAAUGAACCCCUAGAGGGCGCCGUAUACAGUUCAGGACGAGCUGCCAAUGAUGUCUCUGGCAAGCUUUGGGAUGCUGUCAGUGAGCUCACCGUGACGCCUGAACUGAUUGAUCACGGGCCGUUAUAUGAGUGCCGUGCGUCAAAUGCAGCUCUUACUGAGCCAAUGACGGCUAGCUUGACAUUUGAUGUGCAACAUGCUCCGGUUGUUGCCGUGGAAACAGAACCAGCCAAUGUGCGAGAAGAAACCACCACGAUAUGUCGCUGCGUGGUCAAUGCCAAUCCAAGGAGUGUUUCUUAUGUAUGGACAAAGAAUGGGGAAACAAUGACAGGGGUUGACGGUAACCAGAUGGAACUACUAGUCACAAAAGAAGAUCACAAAGCUACAAUCAAAUGCACAGCAACAAACACAAUAGGUACCACAGAAGGGACUAUGGAACUCAAUGUGCUGUAUGGUCCAAGACUCGUUGAGGUACCAGCCAGCGUGUCAGUAGAUGAAGGCAGCCCUGCUCAGAUGUUGUGCAUCGGCGAUGGCAACCCCACCCCUACAACAAAAUGGACUCGCCUUGGGUCCCGAGCAACGCUCAGCACCAUGCAAAGCCUGCAGUUUGACACGGUUCGGGAGUCUGACGUGGGAGUGUAUGUUUGCUCCGUAACCGUACCAGGCUUCGACCCCAUCACAACUAUAGGCAGACUGGAUAUAAAUGCUGUACCCCUCAUUGACAGCCUAUCCAUCCAGAAAGCCAAGAUUGGUAGUACAGCAACAUUAGAAUGCAGCACAGAUACCAAACCUGACCCAUAUCUUAUUAUGUGGAGUUGGAAUGACAUCGAGUUAGAAACAGGGAGCGUUGGUCGCUUUGAGGCAGAGCAGGUAGAGGCAGCGAGUGGAGGGAUCGCUAGUCUACUCCAUAUCAAGAAAGUACAGAAGGAAGAUUAUGGUGAUUAUAACUGCACUGUUUGGAAUGAAAUUGGGAUCCAGUCCAAGAUUAUUACUCUUGAACAGCAAGGAAUGGAUCUUAUCAUCUACAUCAUCAUUGGAGUGGUUUCUGCAUCUGGAUUUAUCUUCAUAAUGACAAUAAUCUUCAUGGCUUACUGCAGAAGAAGAUAUAGGAAGAAGAAAGUCCAAUCAGAAAGCCCCAGCAAAGAAGCCAUCCCCGUCGAGAUCAUCCCGCAGGUCAUGUCUCUGAAGGACGCCCUCAACAAGGGGAAGAAGACGGGCGAUGAACCCGACGGGUCCCCUCAUAGCUCAGGGUCACGCCCUCGCUAUGCCAUGCCGCAUGAGUUCGUCAAUCGUAGGCGUGAUUCGUGGGAUGAUCCCCAGUACAGACGGAGGCAGUCCAAUGAAUACAUGGAACCCCAUCACUUUGAUAGGCGCCCUCCGCCACCAUGGGAAGACGAUGACAACCGCCGUGACCCUUACGACGAUGACGACCCGUACGCCCGGCACGACAGUCACUAUUCAAAAUUUAAUGAUGCCGAACCUGAGCCCAUCUACCAUGAUCGUAGUAUCCGAAGCCAGCGCAGUCGUCAUAGCGACCAUGAGGAUUACGUGGAUCCGCAGGACUUCUGCGACCCGCCAUACACGCGCUAUAAACCGGAGGGAAACGGGUACCGUGAUCGUGACGAUCCUUACGAUUACGAUCGCGAGUCCGAUAAGGAUUCAGAAAUCUCGUACAAUUCUAAAGAUAGACUUGCAACCAAUGUAUGAGAUGCCAGUUAUUCCGGGGUCCAAAUAUUUAUAAGAACCAACAGCCAUGAUAUAAUGAAUAAAGCCCUAUCCUUAUAUUUGCAGCAUAUGAUCUGAUUUCUAUUCCUUUAUGAAUUAA